CCAAGCCAAGUGCCAAGCUGCACGAAUUGCGGAUUGCAAGACGGCUACGGAUACGGAUGAAGUCGCGCACCGAAUUUGUUGUUGAACGUGGUAGAACUACAUGUAGAACUAUUUUGAAUUUGGGUGACUCUAUUUUGAACAUGCCACGACGGCCUGGGUGCAAUGGGAUCUAUCAUACGUUCGGACGUGUUCAUCAGAGCACUUGAACGGAAAGACAAACAAUUGCUUGAGAAGGUUGUGGAAGUCGGGCGCUUGAAUGGAUAUCACACGCAUGAUACGAACGACGGCUACUCGAUACUUCACAUUGCUGCAGGUCAUCCGAAAUGCCCGGAAUGGCUGCUGCGUAAAUUGCUUAAAAGUGGUGCUGAUCCUAACGCUGCCGGAUAUGACGGGAUGACACCGACACACAUAAGUGGUAUGUGGGGCAAACUCUCCAAUCUUAUCACCUUGAUUGAGCACGGCGCAGACCUAGACCGAAAGAACAUUGACGGAUGCACUGUGUUCGAUUUGUUGCACGACUACGAACAUUUCGAUUGCCUCGCAGCUGUUCAGAGACAUUUGAAACAGGAAGACUGUCAUCCAGAACUGUGUGACGUGAGCAGCGGAAUGGAAUCGUUGUUGAACACAGCACACAUUGUGCCGAACAGGAAGCCGCGAAAUAAAAAAGAGUUAUUCAGCGAAGACCUAACGCCGACGGAUGUAUCCUACGCAUCUACCCGUUCGACCACGUCCUCUGUCAUGGGUAAGGAUGCUCCUUGUGAUUUGGAAACAUUGACUGACCGAGAGAUCCAAGAAGAGCUGAAAGCUGUUGGAGAAGACACGCCACAAAUUUCCGAUUUUACGAGAAAUUUUUACCUUCAUAAUCUGGCACAUUUGAAGCUCGGCAGUUCUACAACCUUCAGGAUUGGGUCUCAGAGCUGUGGCACACAACACACAGAGUGUUGUGAGGUUAUCCAUCACGAUCCAGACCAUCAAGUUGUGCUGCGAGAGGUUCACUAUCCGUCUGAAGCUGAGUCGUCCGACAGCAGCCACGCAGAGGAAGCAAUACACGCAGAUUUCAGAAAACUCUCCGAUGAUCAAAUCUUUGCAAAGCUCCGUGAACUUGGUGACAAUCCAGGUCCAGUUAACUCUCAAACACGCAACCUUUACCUGAGACGCCUCACGAGACGAGUGAAGCUGGUAGAGGCACGCACUUCACUCCCCUCAGACAUCCAUUUUGUAAUUGCUCACAUUGAGAAGCUGCCAUCGCUGCAUUUACUCGAACAGGAAAUGGAAUCCUCGUUUAAAUGUUCAAAUAAGACAUGGAGAGAAGGCAAUACCAAGACUUGCUUCAACUACAUCCUCCUUGAUUCUAGAGUGACACAGAACUUGCCACUUCGAGCUCAUCAUCUUCAGCUGCCUGAGCUGAUGACAACCUUUGUGAAGGCCAUCUUUUACGUCGGAAAAGGCAAGCGUGCUAGACCUUACAGCCACCUGAUGGAAGCCCUUUCCUCGUCUCCGUCAUGGAUGAACAGAAGCGAAAAAGUGAAAAAGAUUCAGCACAUCUGGGCUGACAGACAAGGGGUUGUGUCGCUGCACGUCUUUCAAAACGUUAUCCCCGUAGAAGCAUACACGAGAGAAGCGUGCAUGAUUGAAGCUAUUGGUGUGACUCGUCUAACAAAUGUUAAACGUGGUGACUGUUACGGUGUAGUUGGAUCCUGGCCAGAAAAGAAACGCAAGAGAUUGGGAGCUUACCUCAUAUACAAAGCGCUCCAAAUAUUUUUGAGUGAAGGUGAACGUCAUUUGGGGCCACUGGAUUUUUGAGGUGCUAGUAUUUACCUUGGACACUGCAUAAUCCACAUUUCAUUAUUUAUGUUCCAUUAUCAUGUACAGAAUGCAGUUUGACCUUGUCCCCCUUGACAUGAGUGCCUGUAUUAUGAAUGUUAUGUUUGUGCAUAUAUGCAAAUGUCUCUGUGUCACAAAACGCACGAUAAAGGCAAAGAUUUCUGUUACACGUACCCAUUCCCAUGGUGAAAUGAUGAACUUCUUCGGUGGGUUUCCCAUGGCCCUGUAGCAUGUUGCUUUGUGACCCCUAAGGUGAUCAUAUUUAUUGAUAUUAGACGCAUAUAUUGAGAUGCCUGCAGACAUAGGCACUUCUGCUUUUUAUUGAUUCAAUAAUUAAAACAUGAAAUACA